AUGGAGUUUUCUGAGCACAUCAAGACCGCCAAUGUGGAGGAUGUAGUGCUUCGGCAGCCCCUGCACCCGUUGAGCCGAGGCACCCUGUGCAUCACCGGCCACCACCUGCUCUUCUCGGUCAGAGAGGAGGAGGGAGGCUCAUCGCGGCAGGUUCUACUGCUCCUCAGGAACAUCGAUGCCACUGAGAAAAGUGUGGAAAAUCUUUUUGGCUAUUCCGGCCUCUUCUCUAACGCAGGCCGCAGUGAAAGGACAGCUGGAUCCUCAGGGACGAUAACCAUCAAGUGCAAAGAUGUGCAAGUGCUCCAGCUGGACAUCCCAGGCAUGGAGCAGUGUCUCAACAUUGCACGCUCUAUCGAGACCCUGUCCUGUCUGGACUGUGUGUCGGAGAUGUAUCCUUUCUUCUACAGACCUCCUGAUCUCAGCCUGCAGGACCAGUGGGGUCUCUCAUCCCCUGAAAGCCACUACAGUCAAAUGAAGGAGCUGCAUGAUAGGUGGAGACUGAGCACUGUGAACAGAGGAUACUCAGUGUGUCCCACCUACCCCCCAGCUGUCAUCGUUCCUAAAGAGAUAACCGAUGACAUGCUGCUAAAAGUGGCCAAAUUCAGACAGGGAGGACGCUUCCCUGUGCUCUGCUACUACCACAGGAAGAACGGCAUGGUAAUCAUGCGCAGCAGUCAGCCGCUGACAGGAGCCAAUAGGAAGCGCUGCAGGGAAGACGAGCUCCUCCUCCAGGUUGUGAUUGACAACUCGGACAAAGGUUACAUUAUUGACACCCGCUCUAGUCAGCAGGCUCAGCAGGCCCGGAUGAUGGGCGGGGGGUUUGAGUCCAAAUCGUGCUACAGCGGCUGGAAGAGACUGCACAAGCAGAUGGAAAGGGGUAAAGCCCUCCAGGAGAGCCUCAUCAAGCUGGUGGAGGCCUGUGGUGACGGGUCCCACAAUAUGGACCGCUGGCUGAGUAAGCUGGAGAAUUCCAAAUGGCUGUCACAUGUCCAGACUGCUCUUUCAACGGCUGGUCUGCUGGCAGAGUGUGUGGAGAGGGACGGUCAUUCAGUUCUGGUUCACGGCUCUGAAGGGACAGAUUCCACUUUGCUCAUCAGCACUCUGGCACAGCUCAUCAUGGACCCAAGCUGCCGCACUCUGGAGGGCUUCCUGACUCUGUUGGAGAGGGAGUGGGUGCAGGCGGGACACCCGUUCCAGCAGCGAUGUGCCCACUCGGCCUUCUCCCACGCCCGCCUCCAGCAGGAGUCCCCGCUCUUCCUGCUGCUGCUGGACAGUGUUUGGCAGCUGUGGCAUCAGUUUCCUCUGGCGCUGGGCUUCUCAGAGGCGCUGCUCCUCAGGCUGGCGACCGAGGCCUACGCCUCAGACUACGGCACCUUCCUGUGUAACAGCGACCAGGAGAGGUGUUCUCUAGAGGUGAAGGAGAAGACUCACUGUUUGUUCCAGGCCCUGCUGAGGCCCAAGGAGAGAGAGCCCUACUCUAACCCCCUGUACGAGCACACUGAGCUGGCCAUCUGGCCCUCGGUCCACCCUCAGUCCCUGCAGCUCUGGAGAGGCUUUUUCCUGAGGUGGACCCUACAGACUCGGCACCUGCAAGAGGCUCAGGAGGAAAUAAGAAACAUGGUCAACGAGUGGGGGAAGCUGGUGCUCACCUGACAAACCCCCUGAAUAAGCCCGAGUGUUACAAUGUACAAUGCCAGUGGACUGUGAAAAUAUUUUUCAGAAUUCUUAACAAUCAUUUUAAUGUAAUUGUUUUGGUAGUUUGUUUACUCUUUCAUAAAACUGUUUUGGAAGAA